AGUGCUUGAGAGAGAGGGCGAGUUCAGGGCUUGCGGGAUGGCUGGGAGAAGCAUUUGUCCUUUAAGCUGGAAAAUGAAAACUUCCAGAUUCAGGCGUGGCCUGUGAGGGAGCCGCAGACACUGGUGUGACCGAGAAACCCCGCAGGGCUCUUACGCUCAUAGCCUGCUGCCUCUCCCCAGGCCUGUGGAGGGGGAGGCGGGGAAGCUUAGCCAUAUGGAGGUCAGUCACUUCGGGGAAUCCUCUAAUGGUCUUACACAGCUAAGCUGGCCCCGGCUGCCCCCCUUCUGGAGGUCCUCCACUACCAAUCAAGUUCAGUUUCCCCGAGACAAUGAAAGCGCUGGUCGAACGGAGGCGACGGAGGCGAGGGGCCGGAGCCUAAGGUCGGCCGAGGCCUUCGAGGAGCCGGGAUGGGGCAGCAGUUUAGCUGGGAGGAGGCGGAGGCUGCCGGGGAGAUGGACGUGGCGGAGCUGCAGGAGUGGUACAAGAAGUUUGUGGUGGAGUGUCCCAGCGGGACCCUCUUCAUGCACGAGUUCAAGCGCUUCUUCAAGGUCACGGGCAAUGAGGAGGCCACCCAGUAUGUGGAGGGCAUGUUCCGAGCCUUCGACAAGAACGGGGACAACACCAUUGACUUCCUGGAGUACGUGGCGGCCCUGAACCUCGUGCUGAGGGGCACCCUGGAGCACAAGCUCAGGUGGACCUUCAAGAUCUAUGACAAGGACGGAAAUGGCUGCAUCGACCGCCUGGAGCUCCUGGACAUCGUGGAGGCAAUCUACAAGCUGAAGAAAGCCUGCCGGGUGGAGCUGGACCUGGAGCAGCAGGGCCAACUGCUCACACCUGAGGAGGUGGUGGACAGGAUCUUCCUCCUGGUGGACGAGAAUGGAGAUGGCCAGCUGUCCCUGACGGAGUUCGUUGAAGGUGCCCGGCGUGACAAGUGGGUAAUGAAGAUGCUCCAGAUGGAUGUCAACCCUGGCAGCUGGAUCACUCAGCAAAGGCGGAGGAGUGCCAUGUUCUGAGGGCCUGGGGACCCCGCCGGAGCCCACCCUCCCCUCUAAGCCUCCAGGGUGCUCCAGGCUUUCACAGUAGCAGGAGGCCCCUGACCUGGUUGGCUCAGACUCUUGCUUGGUGUGGACUUCCUGAUACUCCGGGUGUGGGAGAACAAGGGAUGAGCAGCGGCUGCCCGGUCUGCAGAAGCCCACUGGGGUUCAGUCCGUUCUCAGGAUUACUAGCAUUGUAGGGGAACUCUGUCACACUGCUCCCCAGCUGCUCCUGGAAGAACUGGGCUUUGGUGGGAAAUGGGGGGCUCCUUCUAAUCUUUAGCUGUUGGUGGAGAUGGAGCGGCUGCAGGGUGGGGUGGGAGUCGAAGAUUGGUAGGAAGCGUCAGAAAAGAGAAUAAGGAUGGGGAAGGACCGUGACACAGCCCCACCCACCCUGAGCAGCCUCCUCCCCCAGGUGGCCACCAGGCUUGACAAAGGGGGCAGAUGGCCGCAGACAGUUAUGUCUGUGAUCUUCCUGCUCUUGGAGACCUGCUGGGCUCACCAGGGAAGGUGUCAGCUGUGCUGGGUGCUGCUCCCCCCCCCCUCCUCCUCCUCCUCCUCCUCACCCAUCGCCAGUGUGAGCCUGCCACCAGGUCCAGCCAUAGCCCACAUGCCUCCGUAAGGGUGGAGACACCUUCUCUUCAUCUCUGGGGAGAACCAGGCACCUGUGACUGGGGUUCCAGGCCAGACUUUGCCUCCGACUGCUCUUGGACUCCCUAAUGUCCUGCAGGCUGACUAGACAGUUUCUAGAUAGUCAUGGAACCAUCUUUCAUGCAACCCCAGUAUAGAAGUUAGGUUCCCAGGGGUCCUUCCUCCCUAGUUAAUCCUUCCAUCAGUGCAGCUGCGGAAGGCCCCUCAGAGGACAGGAAGUGGGAGCAGUGUCACGCUUAGACACUGAAAUGUGAAGCCGGACAGAUUAUUGGCUUGUCCUUGAGUAGAUAUGUUUUUAUGUUAAAAUAAAGUAAACUAACUUAUUGA